AAUUGAAACUUAAUGGAAGACUCAAGUGUAGUAGAAUUACCCGUAUCCGGUGCACAAGAAGAAAUUUCAAACGACGUUAAACGGCCACAGUUUGGAAAUCGCUUUCUGUCCAACGAGGAUGAUGUUUUCCGGCACAAUGCUUGGUAGGAUAUUUUUCUCUAUCUGCGUCAAACGAGCGCAUAAUCGGUCUUGUUUUGUGCUGCGAUACUACACCGAUUACGAGUUUACUCGGUAUCGGAAAAAGCCUCGCAUUGGCGAACGAUUUCUCAAAGAUCCCUCGGAGGUUUUUGAGUUCAACACAUGGGAUAAUGUUGAAUGGGACGAAGAGCAAGAGCAUGCUGCCCUUGAGGGUGUUCGGAAGAACUCGACGGUAAAGAUGAGCGAUCAGAACGCAGCGAAGCUCGAAUUGCAAGCAGAUGCCAAUUGGAACAAAUUCUAUGCAAUCCAUCAGAAUCGUUUCUUUAAGGAUAGGCACUGGCUAUUCACGGAGUUCCCGGAACUUGCCCCCCGGAACACGAAAGACGCUCCGGAGCGGGUGUUUCCAGCGGGAACGAACUGUGCAGGGUCUGGAUUGACAUCAAAUGUGUCGGUUGAUUUCGAAGUUGUGCAGCGAACUAUUCUGGAACUCGGCUGCGGAGUUGGGAACACGGUGUUUCCGAUUCUCAAAUAUAGCGUCGAGAAAAAUUUGAAAAUCUACGCCAGUGAUUUCUCGGAGCAAGCUAUUCAAAUUUUGAGGGAAAGCAAGGAGUUUGAUGAAAAACGAUGUGAGGCUUUCGUGCUUGAUGCUACGGCGGAAAACUGGGACGUUCCAUUUGAGGAGAACAGUAUUGACAUCGUUGUGCUGAUAUUUGUGUUAUCAGCAAUUAAUCCUGAUCGAAUGCAACAUAUCGCGAACCAAAUAGGGCGAUAUCUGAAGCCGGGAGGAUUAGUGCUGCUAAGAGAUUAUGGCCGUUACGAUUUGGCUCAGCUGCGGUUCAAACCGGGUAAAUGUCUGAAGGAGAAUUUUUACGCACGCGGCGAUAAUACGCUGGUUUACUUUUUCACGCAAGAAGAUUUGAGGACACUGUUUCAAAAUGCAGGGUUAGUGGAGGAGCAAAAUAUAAUAGACCGUCGUUUGCAAGUCAAUAGAGGACGAAUGAUAAAGAUGUAUCGCGUGUGGGUGCAGGUAAAGUUUAGGAAACCUUUUACAAAUAAAUAAAUUGUUUGUGUAGAGA